CAAAGCAGGAGGGGGAUACGCAGUUGAGGAGGUGACUAUUUAACAGACUCUGACUCUGAGGAUCAUCGCAGUCAGUCAUGGGUUGUUCGAGGAUUCUGACAUGGACACUGUGUGUCCUCCUGAGCCGGAUGUGUCUGGAUCAAGUGGGUGCUGAACCGCAGUACCUGGUGGCCAUUCCUGUAGUUAUUGAAGCUGGAGCUGAGACCAGAUUCUGUGCAAGUCUCCUGCAGCCCAGUGAGACUCUGGUCAUGACUGUCACUCUGAGGUCCACAGAGGAGAAUACAACCCUGCUCACACACACAUCCAAUGAAGAGUUUCAUACUUGUACUGAGUUUCAGGCUCCUUUAGUGGAAAGGGAAAAGAUUCUGAAUUUUGAGGUGGAGCUAAGAGGAGACACAUUUCAUUCAAAACAAGUCAGAAAAGUCAUGAUCAAAGCCUACAAGGCCAAGACGUUCGUCCAGACAGAUAAACCCAUCUACCUCCCUGGACAAACAGUGCAUUUCAGAGUCGUUGCGCUGGAUUCCAGGUUAAGACCUGCCAAUCAGCUGUACAAUAUCAUCGAGCUCGAGGAUCCAUAUAGAAACAGGAUUGGACAGUGGCUAAAUGAAUCUUCCAACAGUAAAAUAUUGCAGCUUUCUUACUCCUUGAACUCUGAGGCCCGUGAAGGGACAUACAGAAUAAUUGUUUCUGGAGGUGAAGAUAAAUUAUAUCACAGCUUCAAGGUGGAGAAGUAUGUUUUGCCCAAAUUUGAUGUAACAGUGAAUGUGUCUGAAGAAGUGAGUAUUGGCCAAGAAGAAUUCGAUAUUAAAUUAUGCACAAAGUACACAUAUGGGCAGCCUGUGCCAGGAAGUGUUACAGUUGAAGUGUGCCGACCUCUUCAGUACUAUGGUUCCAAUUUCAACUUAACGGCCCCCUGCCACACAGAGACUAAACAGACAGACAAGACAGGCUGUGCAGCUGUUACCUUCAAGAUGUCGACCUUCACCAGAAUUGACCAAAAGAUACUUGAUGAUACGCUGAAUGUCAAUGUCAAAAUGGAAGAGGAGGGAACAGGCAUGUCACACCAACAGCAAAAGAGAAUAAGGAUUUCAUAUUCUCUUGGAAAGGUGUCUUUUAUUGAUAUGUCCAAGCUUUGGGAACCAGGAUCAAAUGUGGAAGGAAAAGUCAGAGCAGUUUUCUACAAUGAUACACCCAUUCCUGAAGCACCUGUGUACCUGUUUGUGGGAGAAAGGUGGUCGGCACGCUCACUACAAAAUCUAACAACUGACAGCAAUGGUGUCGCCUCAUUUUCAUUCAGCACAGAAAACUUCGAUCAGGAUAUUAUUCUCCAUGCCAGCCUGACACCAACACUGACAUACCCUGGAUAUAGAAGUACCUUCUAUGAGGAAGGAGCUCACACACUGUCUAAGUCCCAACCUGCUUCUCAAGAUGCUAAAACAGUCAGCUCACUGGAGGUGAAGAGGAAGAGUAAACCCCUUUCCUGUGACACAGAAGAGGAUAUUUCUAUCCAGUACACUGUAGUGGGGGAGGUCCCGGCCUCCAUGGAUGUGAUGUAUUUGGUCUUGGCCAGAGGAAACAUUGCCAUGCAAGGAUUUAAACAGAUUCAAGUUAAAGAUCAGCCAGUGAAUGAGGGUGAGGUGUCCUUUAAGGUGAGAGUGUCUCCUGAGAUGGCACCAGAAGUCCAGAUUGUGGCUUAUGCUGUACUCCCCAGCAAGCAUGUGAUUGCUGAUAGUGCUGACUUCUCCACUGAGAAAUGCUUCAGUAACAAGGUGUCACUGGAGUUCACACCUUCUUUAGCUGUCCCAGCAGAAAAAACCAACAUGCAGGUGACAGCACUGCCGCACUCUCUGUGUGGUGUGAAAGCCAUCGACAAGAGCGUCCUCAUCAAGGAGCCAGGGACGACUCUGGAGGCAGACAAGAUUUUUCAAAUGCUGCCUGUCAGGAAUGCAUAUAUCCCAUAUGAGUUUGAAGAUUCUACUGUGUGCUUGAAUGUGAGAGUUAAAAGAUACAUUUUACCAUUUCCUGGUCAAGAAAAAGAUGCCCACACAGUUUUCAAGAAUGUAGGACUGAAGAUGGCAACAAACCUGCUGAUGCAAAUUCCCUCAUGUGUGAGAUUCAAGGGACGAGAUUACUAUUACAGCCCCUAUGCUAUUGGAGGAGGUAUCAGUUAUAGAGUUCAUGGAGUACAAACAGAUCUUAGAGGAGUGCCUGGACCACCUAGUGGAUACAUGCCUAAUGUGGGAAUGAUGCUUGAAGGUGGUUCUGUUCUACCUAUAGAAACUGUACGUACUUUCUUCCCAGAGACUUGGAUAUGGGACCUCGUGGAUGUUGGAGAGUCUGGAUCAAAGGAUGUGUCCCUCAUCAUCCCGGACACCAUCACCACCUGGGAGACGGAGGCUUUCUGUUUGUCCUCUCAGGGAUUUGGUUUGGCUCCUCCUAAAGAAGUUAAGGUCUUCCAGCCCUUCUUCCUCGAGCUCACCAUGCCCUACUCCAUCAUCCGCGGGGAGCACUUUGAACUGAAGGCAACAGUCUUCAACUACCUGACCAGCUGCAUCAUGGUCACUGUCUCUCCUACGCCUUCCACAGAUUACACACUCACCCCCCUCUCUGAUGACCAAUAUACAUCCUGUUUGUGUGCCAAUGAGCGCAAGACCGUCAGCUGGACCAUGACCCCAACAACUUUAGGGGCUGUGAAUGUGACUGUGUCUGCUGAAGCGGUGCAAUCCCACGUUUCAUGUGAUAAUGAGGUGGUGAGCGUACCAGAGAGAGGUCGUAUCGACGUGGUCACAAAAUCCCUCAGAGUAAAGGCUGAGGGGACUGAGAUGACAAAAACGUCCAAUUGGCUGCUUUGCCCCAAAGGAGACACACUGACAGAGGAAACAGAGAUACAACUACCUGAGAAUCUGAUUGAAGGAUCUGCUCACACUUUUGUAUCAGUUCUGGGUGACAUCCUGGGCCGUGCUCUGAAGAACCUGGAUGGACUGCUGCAGAUGCCGUAUGGAUGUGGAGAGCAGAACAUGGCUCUUCUAGCCCCCAACAUCUACAUCCUCCAGUACCUGAAAGGUACACAGCAGCUCACCCCAGCCAUCAUGGAAAAAGCUGCCAACUUCCUGACCAGCGGAUACCAAAGACAGCUGAACUACAAAAGUAGUGAAGGUGCUUACACCACAUUUGGAACAGGACCAGGAAACACAUGGCUGACUGCUUUUGUGAUGAGAAGUUUUGCCAAAGCUCAGUCUUUCAUCUACAUUGAUCCCACAAAGAUUGAAGAGUCUAAGACGUGGCUGGAAAGUAAACAACAAGAAAAUGGCUGCUUUGAAAAGUCAGGAAAACUCUUCAACAACAGAAUGAAGGGUGGUGUGUCUGAUGAAGUGACUCUCAGUGCAUACAUCACUGCUGCCUUCCUGGAAAUGAAUAUAUCCCAAAAUGAUCCUGUGGUGAACAAGAGCCUGGCUUGUCUCAAGGAGUCCAUCAGUGACCUCAGCAACACCUACACUACAGCUCUGCUAGCGUACGUCUUCACCCUGGCAGGAGACAUGGAGACCCGUGCUCACCUUCUGCAGCACUUAGACACAGUUGCAGUGAAGGAAGGAAGUUUCCUCUACUGGUCUCAGACAGCAACAGAAACAUCAGCCUCUCUGUCAGUGGAGAUCAGUUCUUAUGUGCUGCUGGCCAAACUCAGUGCCUCCCCAACUGUUGAGGACCUGGGCUAUGCCUCUGGCAUUAUCAGGUGGCUGACCAGCCAGCAGAACUACUAUGGAGGCUUCUCAUCCACUCAGGACACAGUGGUGGCUCUUCAGGCUCUGGCUCUCUACUCCACUCUGGUGUUCAGUCCUGAGGGUUCAAGCACAGUGACCGUUCAGACUCCCAGCAGUCAGCUGACAUUUGAUGUAAAUCAGGACAAUAAACUGCUCUACCAGGAGAAGACGAUGCAGGACGUGUCAGGAAAAUGCAGCCUGGAGGUGAAGGGCACUGCAUGUGCUUCAGUGCAGAUUUCUGUUCACUACAACAUCCCAACUCCUACUGAUGUCACCGCUCUCAGCGUGGAGGUCAAACCAGAGGUCGACACCACGAGUGAAUCUCCCAGACCCAAACUCACUCUGAAAAUCAAAUCCCUAUACAGCGGAAAGGAAAACACUACAAACAUGGUGAUCCUGGAUAUCAAAAUGCUCUCUGGAUUUGUCCCAGAUGCAGAGUCUCUGAAGAGGCUCAAAGGUACUCCACUGGUGGAUCGUGCUGAGCAAACAGAAGAUCGUGUUCUGGUGUAUUUACGGGAGUUACCAAAGGACACACCCAUCAACCUCAGCUUAGAGAUCAUUCAGGAGCUCCCAGUGGACAACCUGAAGCCAGCUGUGGUCAAGAUCUAUGACUACUACCAGCCAAGUGACCAGGCUGAGACAGAAUAUAUUUACCCAGGAACUGCAGCUUAGAGAAAGCCCUGUGGUCAGUCCAGAGGUCACCACUCAAGAUAAAACAUGCAUUUCAAUAAAUAUACUGUUUAAGCACA